AUGACAGAAUUCGAUCCCUUUGACCCCGCGCAAGCAGCGUCCGGCCUGGCAGCUGCCCCCGCCAAUUUCAACCCCAACAAGGCCGAAAACCUCGAAGAUAUUGAAAAGCAGUUCGCCGUCAAAGUCGUCCAGCACAUGGAAACCUACUGGGCCAUCCUCGAGAAAGUUCGCGGCUCGACCCUUCGCCUCACCAAAAUUGAUGAGGAAAUCUACACCCAUCUCAAGACUGACUUCCCCGAGUUCGACCCCGCGGCCACCAUCGACGAGGACCAGAUGAAAAGCAAGACGGGCAAGGAGCGGUGGCGCAAGUUUCUGAUGGCCUACGAGAAGAAGGUUGACGAUUAUAACUUUGGUACCAUGUUGAGGAACAGCCCGAAGGUCGAGUAUGGGGAGAAGGAGACGAUUUUCGUUCCGAGGAUGCAGUUUUAUGCUGUGGAGAUUGCGAGGAAUAGAAAUGGCCUGAACGAUUGGAUUUACGAGGAGGCUCAGAAAGCUGCAGCUUCGAAGGCCUGA